AUAAUCGUGUUCGAGAGAGCAACUAAAAACAACAAACGUAUUACUAGAAACAGGCUUCCAGUUAGUUAGGCAAAGUCAGAUAGACAUAACAGUGUCGCGCGCAUACAUAUAAUUUUGCGAAUCGGUAAAGAGAAAUUUUCUAGUAUUUGAUAAAACAGAAACCAGAAAAUACAUGUAAAUACUCGUGAUAAUUGAAUUGCGAACGAGUCAUCGUCAAAAUUUUUAUUCACACGUCAUCUUUGUUACUUUAUAAAAAUAAAUGCACUAAUCGUAGUAGAAAAAAAAGACUUAAAAGGUCUGAGUGAAAUACUUAGUAUUUGUAUUAAGUGAAAAAGUUUGAAGAAUUUGUGAAUUUUUAUUAAAAUAAAACGUACAUGCAUACAUUUGUAUGUAUAUGACGAUAAUAAGUUCUUCUUUUUGUUCCGUUUGUUUCUUUCACAUGAAUGCAUGUAUAGUGUGCAAUUGGGCGUGAGUGUACGUAGCUGUAUGCGUGGGUUUUGUAUCUAUGUUAUAGAGAUGCAGAUAUUAAAAAAAUUAACUGCAAAAUGUACAUAAGAAUCAUAUUUACAUAUACAUAUAUGUAUAUUUUUAGGCCAUAUUAGUGUUUUUGUUUCGUGGCUAUCGACUUUGCAAGUAGAGGGCAAACAAAGGCAAUCAGUAUUAAAGCAAAUACAUCUAUGCGUUUGUCCCUACACAUAUAACAGUUCAUAACAAAACACUGUAAAACGCAACAAAAGCAACAGUCGCCACAUUAACGACACAACAAUAACGAAAAAACAACACGUGAACACGAACACAAGCAGGUUCAGCCAACAACAGGCCAUAAUUGUGUAUGUGUGUGGCUGCGUGCAAAUGUAUGUAUUCUGUUUCUUUUUAAUUGCUCUUCCUAAGUUCCGUGGAUUGUGAGCUGAAAAGAUUUUACAUUUUGUAAAAUUAAACCACAGUGCACACCGUAAAACUUGAAAUAUUACAUCGAAAUAGAUGAUAAAUCAGUCUAAAAUACUAGCAAAACUACUAGGAUAACCGUUAAAUUCAAUGACUUAAAAUCUGAUUGAAUAAUUUUUUUCCUAUUUGCAUCCAUAUGCAUUAAUAGAAUAACAAAAGAAAGGGUGUAAAAAGAUUUAAUCACUGUAUUCUACCAAUGUGAAUGAAGAGAGUUAUUCAUAAGAGAAAAAAAAAUAACAAGAACAGCAAUGCGAAAUGUCAGCAACUGCCUAAAUCCACGUCCAAUAAGAAAUCUUGGGUAAACAAGUUGUAUAAAAAUUAAUUUCAAAAAUGCACUGAAUUGAAUUUAAGAGUUGGCCAUUUUUUCCAGUCUCAAAAGUGGAAACUGUCCGAAAAAUUUCUUAUCUAUUGGAUUUAUUUUCAUCUUAGAGUACAAAAACCCUCGUGCAUCAUUCAAUUAAACAAAUUAAAAUUGCUAUGUCGACAGGAUUGAAGGUACUCCUAGAUGCUGCUCAGUAUAUUGAGCAUCAAGAGAAACUGAAGAGGUCUCCAACUACUGCCUCAAAUGGAUCUGUCGGGGAACCCUAUAUUAGUCAAUGCUCUGUGGGUUUUGAUAUAGCAAAUGGUGUUCGCAGUAACAACAACGUUAUGAACGCAAGAAAUACACGAUCCACCACGGAUUUGGUUAAAGUUUCCUCUUCUGCACCAACUGCAAGUACUACGUUUCAUCAUAUUACAAACGGGGUGAUCAUAACCAACAAUAACAGUUCUCUAAAUGGAAGUCAACUGCUAGUUGAAAUGAAACCUAGUCAACGUAAGCAUAACAACAACAGAGCCAUGAAUGAAUACGAUGAAACAAUCGAAGCCUUGAAAACCAGCCCAAAAAUACUAAAUUCCUCCAAAUUGUUAUCAAUACAAACGAAUUCUACGACUGACAGUGCUGUCAAUGGAACUAGUAUAUCCGAGGAUGAUUUUUCCUCAAAAUCAAAAUCGUCCCCAACUGCUGCUUUAUUCUCAAUACGACCUACUGUUCGAUGUUCAAAUGAACCACAAGAACAUCAACAGCUACCUGCGACAGAAGAGGAACUACCUAAAGGGAAGAAUGGACAGUACAAAAAAUCGAAAGCAUAUAGACUUGUAGAUAGUGACAGUUGCGAUAUUGUUGUCGUGACCGCUGCUGCUAACAAACAAAUGUUACUAAAUGAUGGUCUGCGCGUUGCAUCGCCGGCGGCUAAUACAUAUUCUAUACCGUCUAAGGCGAUAAGCAUACCUAAACAAGCACAGCAGCAUCACUCGGUAGCCUCCAAAUUUUCGCUGAUCAACAGCACCUCAGCCCCACAGUCAAUAAUUUAUAUGCCUUCAGAACCUCUUACCCCACCGCCCAUUGCGUGUAGAAAAGUUGAUGAGACGCAUUCACGGAUACGCAGUUUUUCACUUUCCCAUAAAAUUCCAGCCAACCAACCACUUUUAAAAAAUGGAGAGCUUGGGAAAAUGGCCAUUGAGGAUGGAAGCGCAUUACAGUGCAUUGAAGACGACGAAUCAUUGACAAGACACAACUCGACUGGUAGUCACUAUUUACAGAUGAUGUCAGCACAACAUUCAACAACUACUACUUCACUACUGCACAUGACUCCUAUGAUAAGUGCCAGCGGUCGAAGGCGAACUAUAAGUUCCAAUAGCAAUGGGGCUGGUACCCGUGAAGUGCACAAUAAGUUGGAAAAAAACCGGCGUGCACAUCUCAAAGAAUGCUACGAGCAGUUAAAAAAUCAACUCCCAUUAAAAGAAGACGAACGUAAAAAGACAUCAAAUUUGGCUAUACUUGGUGAAGCAAUUAAAUAUGUAAAAACUCUUAAAAAGAAAGAUCAGGAACUUGAAGCGGAAGUAGAACAGUUAGCAAAAAUGAAAAUAAAUUCGCAGCUUAAGCUUGUGUCAUUAAAACGAGAACUGGGUCCGAAGUAUGAGCAAAUGUUUCCAGGUCCCUUUUUGGAUUUCGAUUUGAACAAUUGUGAAAAAGACAAUUCAAAUGAAACCGGAUCUCUUUCAUCUGGACGUGGAAGCAUACUUUAUAGUUCAUCAAGCUCGUUAUCAAGCGGCGGCAGUAAUGGAAGUACGACGAUGUCCUCACCAGUCGGCGCUAGUAUGCCCCAGCCCUCUGCUCUAUCACCUGUGAUAUCUAAAGCUUGCAUAAAUAACAAUAUUUCGAGCAGUGUGAAUGGCAAUAAUAGCUCUUCCAAUAUUAGUGUGGCUGCAAAGUCUCCCGCCGUAUUUGAACACAAACAACAGCAGAUAAAGUCAUCCGCUUCAAUAUCUGAUUAUACUAGUCCAACCGGUACGUCACCUACAAAUACAAAUGUAGCUUUGGCAAACAGAAGUAUUACCAAUGUAAGCAAUGCGGCGCUUUCGUUGACAGCUAAAAACAUUUCGGCCAUGUCACUUACACGUGACUCACCAACACCUUCAACUCCAUCUCCGUCACCUUCAUCUUCGAGUUGUGUUUCAUCGUCAUCAUCUUUGAUAUCAUCAUCUCCGCCACGUCCAAUAAAUGGUAUAAUUAGCGGACGGAGUGUGACAGUCAGUAUUCCAAAUAAUGUAAAAUUCGCAAGCUCUGGGCUUGGUACUCGAGUAAUAGCUCCGGUUACAGCAACAUCCAUUGUUAAUGCAACAACAUCGACAACAGCAACCAUAUUAUCGACUUCUUCGCCCAGCAAUGGUGUUAAUUCUACAAAUAAUGCUAUAAUGCUCCAAGCUUUACGGGGAUGCCAUUUAGUGUGAACCAUGUUCGUGAACUAUCCCUACGAGCGUAAUUUCGGCCGUAUUCUCAAUCAUAGAUAUUAUAUUCGGCAUUCAAGCAUAUAUCAACAGAUGAUAUCAACAGAAAAUCGAAGAAAUACAGAAUGCAAAAUUUAAUGACAAAAAGAUGCUAUUCCAUAGAGGGUGUCACUAAAAAGAAAAUAAAAAAAUGAAAAUAUUCAUACGGAUGACAAGAAAAACGUUAAAAUUUACACCCUUAAAAAUAUCCAUACAAGUAUAUGUACAUACAUAAAUAACAUAUUUGUACUACUGUCUUAAGAAAAAGAAUUAGCUGUGUAUAUUGAUAAACAGAAAUUGCUUAAUAUUCAAAAAAUACCAUAUUCUUUUAGGUCUUAUAUAGACAACGGUCGAAUAGCAAGACUUUCUGUAAACUGAAAGUCAAUUCAAAGAUUGCAUGUUCAAUAUAACGAAUAGCGGCAGUGAACAACGACUAUCAUUGACAAAUAAAAGUCGAUAUUGUACAUACAUACGUAUAUUGUUUUUAAACGUAAAUAACCACGAGGUGAAAAAACCUCAAUGGUACUGAGCAUUUAAAACGACUGUUAUCCUGGAUACAAACAUGGUUUAAACUUGCCAGUUAAUAUCUUAAGUUUAAAUAUAAUGAGAGUAUGCGAAUAUUGAAUUUUACUUGCAAGGGAUAAACACUGUGUUUACAUAAAUCAUUUAAUUACAGGAUCGUUAUUAAAAAUACAAAGCGAUUUAAUAAUAGUUCAUCAAUUUUGAUAUCAGGCCUGAAUAAUACUGUAUUGCAAAUUACUUAUUAUUUUGGUAACAAGAAAUAAAUUAAAUUGUAUGGAAAUUAUGCAUAUUUGGAUAUCUAUCGUUAUCACGUAUGUACGUACAUUACCUCAAUAAUAAUUGUAUUUAACGAGGUUUGCAUUCAUAAUUUGGAAUAUAGAUAACACCACCGUAAGUAAGCGAUUCAGCUACUGAUGAUAUGUCGGCGGGUAGAAACGCAGUUGCAACAAGAACCACCAAUGGACAAAAUACAAAUUUACUCUUAUUUUUCUAAUAAUAUCUACUUAUAUCUAUGUCUAUUUACAUGGUUAAGACCGACGUUAAUGAGUAGAAGACCAAAUUAUUGCAUUAACAGUCUCCACAAUAUUCAUGUUAAUAUACAGACACAUACCAUGUACAUUUGUACAUAUUCGUAUGCUACUGAAUUUUAUCGAAACUCGUAAUAUACAUAUAAACAUAUUUACAUAUACAUAAUUUAAACAAUAAAUGUUAAGAAACACGCAUACGUAUGUACAAUUUAAAUAGAUUUGAAAACAAAAUAACAUAGAGAAUAAAGGUCUUAGAGUUCCGAACUAAUAGAAACUCUCAAUACAUAAUUAUGUAUUAUAACUAAUUUAAAAAGGGCAAAUAAUUAGCUGCAAAAUCUAAAAAUAAAUAAAUAGAAUGAGCAAGGAAACAAAUCAUAACUGGUCCUUUAGAAACGGAAUUCGACUUGAAAACGCAGUGUACGUUUUUAUACACAUGAAUCUACAUACAUAAGUAUGUACAAUAUGUCUUUAUAAGUGUAUAUACCACAUAUAUAUAAGAAUAGAAUUAUUAUUGUACUUUAGGUCAUGGAAAGUAAAUUUAAUAAAUUAUAAUUAAACACUA